AUGGGCAAUCCUGGAUUUGAGGAGGAGCGAGUAGUUUUUUAUGCUGCUGAGAUCUGCUGUGGGCUGGAGCACCUUCACCAGGAGGGCAUAGUGUACAGGGACCUGAAACCAGAAAAUAUUCUCUUAGAUGAUGAUGGUCAUAUACGAAUCUCAGACUUGGGACUGGCCAUCAAAAUUCCAGAUGGGGAAAGUAUUAGAGGAAGAGUAGGGACAGUUGGAUAUAUGGCUCCAGAAGUCAUUAAAAACGAACGAUAUACAUUUAGCCCAGACUGGUGGGGGUUGGGCUGCCUCAUUUAUGAGAUGAUUGAGGGACAGUCACCAUUCCGUGCACGGAAGGAACGAGUGAAAAGGGAAGAAGUGGAGAAGCGUGUUCAGGAGGAACAAGAGUCCUAUUCUGAUAAGUUCUCAGAAUACGCAAAAUCCAUUUGUACGAUGCUAUUAGCCAAAGACCCAAAGCAGAGGCUGGGGUGCAAUGAACAUGGUGCCAGUAAGGUGAAGCAGCAUCAGUUUCUCGGGAACAUCAACUAUAAGAGGCUGGAGGCAGGAAUAAUGAAGCCGUCUUUUGUUCCAGAUCCCCGGGCGGUGUAUUGUAAAGACGUGCUGGACAUUGAGCAGUUUUCGACGGUUAAAGGUGUAAAUUUGGACAAAACAGACAAUGAUUUCUAUGCUAAAUUUGCAACUGGAUGUGUGCCAAUCCCCUGGCAGAAUGAGAUGAUUGAGACGGAAUGUUUCAAGGACCUCAACAUCUUCGGACCAAAUGGGACCCGCUCUCCAGAUCUGGAUUGGAGGCAACUUCCCGAACCGCCAAAACGUAGCUUGCUCCAAAGGAUCUUCAGAAGACAUCCGGCAGAUUAUGGGAUCACGGCAAACGACUCCUCCCUCUCCACCGCCAACACCACAAACCACCACUUCCAAAGCAGGACGGCAACAGCCAACGCAUCUUCUUGA